GCCUAUGGUGGAGUCGUGAUCGAGGAAACAGGUCAUUUACAGCGCAUUUAAAAGCUGCCAUGAAUAUUUUUAGUAUGGAUUAUUGGUUUUAUGUCAUGAGGAUCAUAACGCGGAAAUAAAGGACCCGGAACUAAAACAGAAAGGUGACAGAACCAUGCAGGUGUCAGUGAGAAGGCUGGUUCUGUAUCCGCUGGCUGUAGCCCGAUCUGGCCGACUCAGGGCUCCUCUCCUGUGUCCAGUGGCACGCCUCCUGUCCCCCAGCACCCGCACCCUGUUCAGCGAGACAGGAGUGUGGGAGAAGGACUAUCGGACAGAGACCCGGCGCAGGGUGGAAGAAUGGUGGCACCCACGAAUUAUGGCGCAGGGACGGAAGGAUGCACUGGAGGAGGGUUCCAGCAGGAAGAAGUUUUAUGUCCUCUCCAUGUUUCCGUACCCAUCGGGGCGACUGCACAUGGGCCACGUGCGAGUGUACACCAUCAGUGACGCCAUCGGUCACUUCCAGAGAAUGAGAGGCCAUCAGGUGUUGAAUCCAAUGGGCUGGGAUGCUUUUGGACUUCCAGCUGAGAAUGCAGCCAUUGAGAGAGGUCUUGACCCAGAGGAGUGGACUAAAAGUAAUAUCCAGUCCAUGCGGGAGCAGCUGGACAGCCUCAGCCUUUGCUUCAACUGGGACCGGGAAGUGAGCACUUGUCUUCCAGAGUACUACAGGUGGACGCAGUAUCUGUUUAUCAAGCUCUUUGAAGCAGGACUGGCGUAUCAGAAAGAGGCUGUGGUGAACUGGGACCCUGUUGAUCAGACGGUGCUGGCUGAUGAGCAGGUGGAUGAAAAUGGUCGCUCCUGGAGGUCUGGCGCUCUGGUGGAGCAGAAGCUGCUCACACAAUGGUUCAUCAAGACCACAAACUAUGCCAAGCCUCUCCUGGACGCUCUGGCAGACCUUCCAGAGUGGUAUGGUGUCAAAGCCAUGCAGGCAAACUGGAUUGGAGACUGCACUGGCUGUUACUUUGAUUUCAAACUCAAGGUGAACGGGGUGGAGACGGGGGAGACCCUGUCGGCCUACAGCUCCUCCCCGGAGACGGUGUUCGGAGCAGCCUACCUGGCCAUCCUGCCCUCCCACAGACUGCUGCAUGGUAGCAGCUCAGUGCGCUCAGCCCUGGAGAAAGCCUUUCAGCCGAGCAGAGACGCCCUGACAGAGGUCACAGCUCGCAACCUGUUCACUGGCCGCGAGGUUCCUGUGGUCAUCUCACACAAAGAGGUGUUUGAUGGCUAUCUGGACACUGUAAUUGGUAUCCCAGACAGUAGCGAGGAGGAUCUGUCUGCGGCCAGAGCUCUGAAUCUUCAGUGGACAACGGUUCUGAAAAGUGACCAAGACGGGACACAAACUUUGAUUGACUCUGAUGAGUUCUCAGGCCUCACCAGAGAGGAGGCCUUUGAAUCCAUUACCCAGAAGGCCAGAGAGCAGAAAGUCGGCGGCCACCUCACCAGCUCCAAGCUAAGGGACUGGUUGAUUUCAAGACAGCGUUACUGGGGCACACCCAUCCCUGUGGUGCACUGUGGGUCUUGCGGUCCAGUUGCAGUCCCUGAGGAGGAAUUACCAGUUACAUUACCAAGGCUGCCGUCUCUCACAGGAAAGGGGGCGUCGCCCCUGGAGACAGCUCAUGACUGGGUCAACUGUAAAUGUCCCAGAUGUAAGGGCCCAGCGAGGAGGGAGACUGACACCAUGGACACAUUGGACUCUGCCUGGUAUUACUUUAGAUACACAGACCCUCAUAACCCACACAGGCCUUUUGAGCGCCACCUAGCAGAUCACUGGCUGCCCGUGGACGUGUACAUCGGAGGGAAGGAGCACGCUGUCAUGCACUUGUACUAUGCUCGCUUCCUCUGUCACUUCUGCAAGGACCAGGAUCUUGUGGCUCACAGGGAGCCUUUCCGAAAGCUGCUGGUCCAGGGUCUGAUCAAGGGCCAGACUUUCAAGCUGGCUGACAGCGGCCAGUACCUAAAGAGGGAGGAAAUAGACUUCACAGAUAAGGAACCGGUGGCGCUGGGCGGUGGGCGUAUUGAGGUGACAUGGGAGAAGAUGAGCAAGUCUAAACACAAUGGUCUGGACCCCCAAGAGGUGGUGAAGCAGUACGGUGUGGACACAGUUCGACUCUACAUCCUUUACGCGGCACCGCCUGAACAGGACAUCCUCUGGAAUGUCAAGACGGACGCCCUUCCCGGGGUUCUGCGAUGGCAGUCUCGGCUGUGGCAGCUGGUGACCAAGCUGAGGGGGGCUCGGCAACUCGGAGACAUCCCCAACCCCUCCCUGCUGAAGAAGAAGGAGCUGGCAGAGACUAAGAAGAUCUGGGAGAACAAGAACUAUGCUAUUCAAGAGGUGACAUCUCACUUCACAGAGGACUUCCUGUUCAACGCAGCCAUUUCUCGUCUGAUGGGACUUACCAAUACACUGAGUAGUGCAACAGUCAGGGUGGUGCAGCACAGUGUGGAAUUUGAGGAGGCUCUGGCUACGCUGGUGAUGAUGACAGCACCCAUGGCUCCUCACCUGGCUUCCGAACUUUGGGCAGGUCUUUGCCAGGUGAAAAAUCCCCUCAGUCCCCUCCUCCAGCAGGAAGGAGACAUCCUGCAACAGUCCUGGCCGACUGUGGACCCUGAGUACCUGAAGGUCCCUGACUUUGUGGAGUUGUCUGUACUGAUAAACAACAAGGCCUGUGGGACAGUGACGGUGCCUCUGCAGGUGUCUAAAGAUACGGAGCGGGUGCAACAGCUGAUCAUGGAGAGCCCGCUUGGACAGAAGCUUCUCAGCGAGCGCAGCAUCAAGAGAGCCAUCCUCUCCCCCAGGACCGCCCUCAUCAACUUCCUCGUUGAUGAGUGACGUUUGGGUGUUCACCACUACUUUUAUAACAGGGAGAUCAUCUGUGAUUCAGUGUGGGGGGGAGACAGACGAAAGAGGUGGACUUUCGAAUGUCAUAAAUUAAGAAAGAAUGGUUUAUAUUAAUUGAAAGGAUUGGUUUACAUUAAUUGAAAACUUCACUGUAAAUAUGUCUAAAGACAUUUUAUUUAUAUUUUUCAGUUUUUAAUAAAAGACUCAAGGGGCAGUGGGUUUCUCCUUUUUCUUUAGUAUCUUUUAUAAAUUGCCAAGUGAGAUUUAGCACCUGUCUCUUUCAGAUCAUCUUCCCCCUACCCCCCUCCACACACACAAUUUAGUUAGACUAUCUUCACAAUCUCAUGAACCCACUUUAGAUUCCAGUUAUCAUUCACAUUCCCCCCUCUUUCCCGUUACACCACUUUCAGCAUCGCACCCAGAACCACAAAUUCACACCUCUGCCUCUGCCAUAUACCCGUCUGCUUGGUGUCUCGGCUGAGUCACGCACUCAUGAUCUGCCUUAUCAGUGUUUGUCCCCACCUCUGGUGCCGCUUUUAGCCACAGAUCUCUUUUGAGCACCAUACAUGGGGGCCACUGUUUGGCUUCUGGAACCCCGUCGCCAUCAGAAGGAAAGUUUGCUAGAGAUUUCUAAAGAGCCAAAUGUGGUUUGGGGAUUUUCAACUCGCCACCACAUGAUGGUUGUCCAUUUCUGCACUGUGCCUAUUCAUCAUCUCAGUGUCUGUGUCAACAUUCGGCCAACAUGACUCAGCCAUUAGCACUGUCCUGGCAGAGCAUAUGAGCCAGCGGCACUGAAAUGUAUCCAUGUGUACACCCACUGGCCUAUCUCUUAAAAGGCUGUGUGAGUAAGCGUUUUUUUGAUAUGUGCUAAGCAUUUGUCUUUCAUGACUUGCAGCACCCACGUCUCCAGUUGAUCCAAGAGUUUUAGUAGCUGCAUAAUAAAAGUCUCAUAUUUGGUCUGGUAUCAGACUUUGAAUGAACAAGCAUGAAUGUGAUCUCUUUGAAAAGUGAGACAAGAGUGUCAGUUUUGCAAGUUCAGCCUCUAUUUGAGGAAG